GGCGGUCAGCUGAUGGGCCGCCCGCGGGGGAGGCCGCGGCGCGAACAUGGCGGCCGAGAUCCACUCCAGGCCGCAGAGCAGCCGCCCGGUGCUGCUGAGCAAGAUCGAGGGCCACCAGGACGCCGUCACGGCCGCGCUGCUCAUCCCCAAGGAGGACGGCGUGAUCACCGCUAGCGAGGACAGAACCAUCCGAGUAUGGCUGAAAAGAGACAGUGGCCAGUACUGGCCCAGCAUCUACCACACAAUGGCCUCUCCCUGCUCUACUAUGGCUUAUCACCAUGACAGCAGACGGAUAUUUGUGGGCCAGGAUAAUGGGGCUAUAAUGGAAUUUCACGUUUCUGAAGAUUUUAAUAAAAUGAAUUUUGUCAAGACCUAUCCAGCCCACCAGAACCGAGUGUCUGCCAUCAUCUUCAGCGUGGCCGCUGAGUGGGUGAUCAGCACAGGCCACGACAAGUGUGUGAGCUGGAUGUGCACGCGCAGUGGGAACAUGCUUGGUCGUCACUUCUUCACAUCCUGGGCUUCCUGCUUGCAGUAUGAUCUGGAUACUCAGCAUGCCUUCGUUGGCGAUUACUCGGGACAGAUCACCCUGCUGAAGCUGGAGCAGAAUGCCUGUUCAGUGAUCACAACCCUCAAGGGACAUGAAGGUAGUAUCGCCUGCCUUUGGUGGGACCCCAUUCAGCGGUUACUCUUCUCAGGAGCAUCCGACAACAGCAUCAUCAUGUGGGACAUCGGGGGACGGAAAGGCCGAACACUUCUCCUUCAGGGCCACCACGACAGGGUGCAGUCACUGUGCUACCUGCAGUUCACGAGGCAGCUUGUCUCCUGCUCCUCGGAUGGCGGAAUUGCAGUGUGGAACAUGGACGUUAGCAGAGAAGAGGCUCCCCAGUGGCUGGAAAGUGACUCCUGUCAGAAGUGUGAGCAGCCCUUCUUCUGGAAUAUAAAGCAGAUGUGGGACACGAAGACGCUGGGGUUGAGACAGCAUCACUGCAGGAAGUGCGGGAAGGCCGUCUGCGGAAAGUGCAGCAGCAAGCGCUCCAGCUACCCAGUCAUGGGCUUCGAGUUCCAGGUCCGGGUCUGUGAUUCCUGUUACGACUCCAUCAAAGACGAAGAUCGGACUUCUCUAGCAACAUUUCAUGAAGGAAAACACAACAUUUCCCAUAUGUCCAUGGACAUUGCAAGGGGACUAAUGGUGACCUGUGGGACAGAUCGUGUGGUAAAGAUAUGGGAUAUGACUCCUGUGGUAGGCUGCAGCCUGGCAACUGGAUUCUCUCCACACUGAUGCUGAAGCUGAGUGAUGUCCGCUCCACCUUGCACACGCACAGUGACUUCCACAAAACAAAACCCUUCAUGUAGCUCGACAGCCACUGUCAUGUAAAUGGACAAUAACCACCUGAAAAACAAAUCAAUAUUUUUAAAAAGAAAAAAAUAUAUAUUUAAGUGUGUUUUGGGGUAUUUGUGGAAAUUAUCUGUGGGGAAUAAUACCUGAAGGGUCUGUCCUUGGUGGUCCCCUAAGGAAUAGAAUUUCCUCAGCACAACUGCCUCAUGAACAUCACACCAGUGGGUAAGGGGAAGUAAUCCAGCAAAUGAAGGUUUUAGGGGGAAAAUUUUAACAAAUGAUUAAUGCUUACUUCAGUGCAAACCUGUGAGCACACAUGGAGUCUCCUGAGAGGGUCCUCGGAAGCCCCUGCGGGCACUCUGCUGUCCAGGCAGAAGUUGGAGGAAGGGCUUUCUGUCUUUCUCCGGGGGAGUUGGUAGGAUGUUAAGAAACUCCAGCUUCCCCCCUCCAGGCUGGCCGUAUGUGAGUGAGUGUUCUCCACAGCGAGUUGCUGAAGAACUCUUCAAGGUACCUGUUCCCGUCAGGUCGAGCCAUGAUCUGCUCUUGGCUUUGGCUCGCUGCAGUUGUUUCUCAUGUGUAUGUCUCUACAGUUGACACACAACAAGACAGCCCACAUUUGUCCCUCUCUCCCACACCUGCUCUGUGGACAAAGCUUUUUUAUGGUGCUGUUGUACAAGCUUCCUGACAUUUUUUUUUCUUUUCAUUAUAGCUAGUCAUGACCCAUGGCAAACCCAGCUCCCCCAGCAUGGUGGGGAUGGAUGCCAUCAGCCUGGUCCAUGGAAAAACCCAGUCUUGCUAACAGAUACAUUUGUAGUCCCAGGAUGAGGCCCCGUGAUACGGUAGCAACUUCUGCCCCUCAGAAAAAGUCCUCUGAAGCUUUUAUAGUAUGCUGUACUUGUGACUAGUUGUUGUUCAUGUUUCAUAGGAAGAAAUUGGUGGCCCUUUUUCCAGAAUUAUCAGUCAGGUCUUGUACAGUAAUCCCUAACUGCUAAACCACUUUUCAUGUUUGGAAAAGCUGUUGUAUAAAACACAUUUUCAAGGUUUUUGACCAGAUAACCGGGAUGAGGAGCAGAAGUGGGUUGGAAGGCCUGCAGUGAAUGUUCAGAUGUUUCUGUAUGUUGUGUUAACUGUAGCACAUGAACUGCUCCAGGAGAACUGCGGGAGACAGCGGAAAAGGGCCUGCUGCUUUAAAGGCCAAAUAGUGAAUGGCCGCAGCACCUAUGUGACUCUUGCUGCUGUCACUGCUGCUCCGUGCUGGGUUACAUCAGGAUCAGGGCAUCGUUUCUAAGAGGCAGUAAAGCUAUGAUGUCUCAAUGGCUGUGACACAGAUGAGGGAAGGAAAGGCAGCCAGGCAUACUGGGUUCUAGCUUUGCAGUGACAGCUCUUGUCUUCAGAAGUAGGACCAAAGGGUUUGUGUUGCCCCUUUUAGUUUUUAUGUUUUGUCACCUUAACUGGUGAUCCUUCACCAGAUUCCGCUUACACUCCGGAAGACGUGUGUUGCCAGUGUGCUUUGCACAGGAGACAGAGCGAUGCUCUGGAACCGCCGUGUCGAGUGUUCUCCUCGGGCUGCCCAGUCCGUGGUUCUGCCCUUGCAAAGGGAUACAGGUCUGAGGAGUCCUGCCCUGUGGAAUAGUGCGGAGCCCCCUGUGCUUUUGUUUUCCUGAAGACGUCUGUAAAAUGUGACUUUUGGACAUCUGUGGUAGAUUAAACUGAAUACUCUAUAUUUUUCAAGCUUUUUUUAUUUCAAAAGCUUCUUGUUAUAAAACCCCGUGUGGCAUAGAGAGCAUGAGGUUGGUUUGAGCUUCUAAUGGGCUAAUAGAUAUUAAGGAAGAAAUUUGUAUUUAAGGGCGAAUUAGGGCAGGGGACCUUAGGAAGGAGUGCAGACUGUUUGACAAUGCAGUUCGUUCCGCAGUUGGGCCUGUGAUCACGUCAUUCAGAAAUAGUCAUGCCAGUCUCUUCCUGUGGUUACACGUCAGGUAGCAAGUGGGGUCAUUUUUUUAUAGAGGGUGAAAAUUAUAUUCUCAAGUUUACUGACUGGGCACCUGAGGAAGGGACAGUAAGGCUCAUACUUUUUGUCUUAUUUGGACUCUAUUGCAAAAUGGGUCACUUAAUAUAGUUCCUCAAGGAACAGCUACCAUCUUUCCUAUCCCAGAAUUCUCAAGCUGAUGUAUACAAACAAGGAGCAAGAAGUGCGGGGUGUUAGAGGAGAGUCUUUACUUAGAUCUAGUGUGUAACGAAGGGAUGUCAAGUCUUUAUUCUCAUCAUGGUCUUCAGUGGUCCUGUAUUAGUUGUUCCCAGUGAUAGCAGUAGGCCUGUACGUUGGUAGAGUCUACUUAGUAGUCACUAGGUCGUAACAGUUUACUCUUAACGUGCUGCCUAGAAGAUGUCAUAACACUAGCUCUAGAGCCCUCACUUUGUUCUCCCUCACUGUGAUUGCUUGUUAGCAGCUGUAUUUAUUCAACUGUCAGAACUGACCCAGAUAAACAGUAAAUAGGAGACCCAAGAAGAUAUUUUUGAAAAUCAGUGUUUCAUUAAAGUACUAUUGAUAUCCCCUAAAUGAUAAGAAUCCAGUUACUGUUAAUGAAAACAAUCUGCUCAUUAUAAUGGGAGGCUUAACAAAUAUGUAAGACAUGCUAAUUUCUAAAAGGAGCUGAUGUUUAAUUGUUAAUUGUGAGCAGAUUAUUGAAUGUCUCGUCUAUUUUCUGCAGUUUACUAUACAAUAACUCUUUGAGUAAGUUGAACUUUAAUUGUGCAGCAAAUUUCUAUCGACGAACAAUUUAAAGUGUUUCAUUCUGUAGCCUUUAUUGACUUGGGAAGCAAAAUAUGACAUAAAAUAAUUCAACGUGUUCUUGUAUAGCUGUGUUUCCAUAUAAUACUGUGCUCUGUGUAUCCCAGAGAGGCUGAAAAUUUUGUUCUUUUUUAUUUGUGGGUUUGUUUUUGUGGGGCUUUUUUGUUAUUUUUUUUUCUUUUUUUUUUUGGAGAAUAUGCAUAUAAUAAAAUCUCCGUUGCGUGUUA